AGAGAAACAAACGCCCCUUAACGUGCAGUCAGUUGACACAUUACUGAUAGCACGUAGGCACAACUUGUGAUAAUGUUUUGAGUUAGUUCAUGAGAACUGCGACAAGUCGCUGCGCAACGAGAAAAGAGCGAGUUAAUACCAGAUAAAUGGCCACCAUAGUCUUAUGUGCAGUUAACAAAACGGCUCAGAGUACCCCAAGGAGAUGUUUAUUAGCAUAUUCAAAGGGUCUUGCUAGAGCAGGAGAGUCAUCCACCGUUCCCAGCCUGUCACUGACUUUGCUUCCGGGAACGCGAUGGUUUUCCAGAGGUGCCCGCGUGCGGUUCAUGUCUCAUGGGACCGCGAGCAGUACUGCAGCCGGAGGAACCAGGAGGGGAGCCCUGGCACUCAGUGGAGCCGUGGCAGUGUCAGCGGCUGCGGCAGUGGCGGGGGUACUGAUCAACGCUAACCACUUCCAGCGUGCUGAAAUGGCAACCAAAGUGUCUUCCGUGGCCGUGGAUGAGCAGGAGGGAGAUAUCCUGGAGAGGUGCCGAGAUUUCAUGUCCGCUCCGGUGACCGACAUCGCCGUGCUGCAGGAGAGGAAAGGAGAGAUGAGUACAAGGAUGGAGAUGCUCAUCAUGGAGACGCAGGCCGACUUUUGUAAAGCCCUCCAGGAGGUGGAUGGAGGGAAGUUCAAGGUGGAUAGAUGGCAGCGGAAGGAAGGUGAGGAUGGUCCAAAUAACAGAUAAUUUUUUUUCUUUUUAAAACACUCAUAAAUAAAUGUUAAUACAAAAAUAAAUAAAUAAAGAAAAGGGGAAAGAUAAAAAGAAAAGAAAAGGGGUAAUAGAGUAGGAAUAAGGGGGAAAACCGAAGAGAAAAGAGAGAAAAAAAAGAAUCAUAAGACUAAAAAAAAAAAAAAUAGGGAGGGUAGGUUUCCUAUAGUGCUCCUUAACCUGUUUUAGGUAAUUCUUUCCGUCUCUUCAACUGUUUUUUUUUCCAAUCAUUACUCGAUGGUGGCUUUGUAUCCAACCAUUUGCAUGUAAUUUGUUUUAAAGCAUAAAUUCGUACUAUUGUAAAUAGAGAUAUUUAUCCCCUUCUCUAUGUAUUUUUAAUGGAAUAAUACAUAAUAAAAUAUUAGCCUGGUGUAAGGGAUUCUUUAAGAUUUAUUUAUGAGUGUUAAAAAAAAUAAUGCUGGCUGAAAUAAACAAGUAAAGGAAACUUGUAAUAUGCUAUAUAUGAGACGAACAUGUACAGUACAGGCCAGUUUGGACACACCUUCUCAUUCAAUGUCUUUUCUUUAUUUUUUUUUAUGACUAUUUACAUUGUAGAUUAUCACUGAAGGCAUCAAAACUAUGAAUGAACACAUGUAGAAUUUUGCACUCAUAAAAAAAGUGUGAAAUAACUGAAAACAUGUUUUAUAUUGUAGUUUCUUUAAAAUAGCCCCCCUUUGCUCUUGAUGACAGAAGUACUUAGUGACUGACUCUGCCAGUCAUUGAAAUAACCCUGACAAGACACACCUGUGAACGUUAAAACCAUUUCAGGUGACUACCUCAUGAAGCUCUUUGAGAGAACAGCAAAAGUUUGCAGCACUAUCAAAAAAGCAAAAGGUGGCUACUUUGAGGAAUCUAAAAUAUAAAACAUGUUUUCAGUUAUUUCACAUUUUUUUCUUAAGCACAUGAUUCCACAUGUGUUCAUUCAUAGUUUUGAUGCCUUCACUGAGAAUCUACAAUUUAAAUAGUAAUGAGAAUAAAGAAAAUGCAUUGAGUGAGAAGGUGUGUCCAAACUUUUGGCCUGUACUGUAUGUAAUGAAUGAGCCAGCAAUAAAGUAUUUAAAAAAAGAACAAAUAGAUCCAUGUGUACCCUUAUCAUAAUUUCAUUGUCAAUGAGAUUUUUUAUUUUGUUUUUUUAUUGUAUUUUUUUAUCAACCUGCCAUAUAUUUUUGAGCCACAGCAUCAUGAUCAAAGCGGUGAGCAAGAAACAGCAGAGAGACAGUGAAUUUCCUCCCAGUCACUCAUAAUUCAUUGUGGGCUUAUGUGUUUGUCAGGUGGUGGAGGAAUCAGCUGCGUGAUGCAAGAUGGAAAGGUGUUUGAAAAGGCAGGUGUCAACGUGUCAGUGGUGUUUGGAUACCUGACCGAGGAGGCCGCCAAGCAGAUGAGAAGCAGAGGGAAAGUCCUCAAGGGGAAAGAUGGUAAGUUUCACGGAAAGCCUUUGAAAGAGUGGGGUUAUCCACUUUUAAAGUUUUGUGUCAUUGAGGAAGUUUGAUGCCUCCUAGGUAAGCUGCCGUUUUGUGCCAUGGGUGUGAGCUCUGUCAUCCACCCCAAGAACCCCCACAUCCCCACAGUGCACUUCAACUACAGAUACUUCGAGAUCGAGGAGGAAGAUGGUGAGUGUGCGACUUUGACAUCAGCAGUUGUGUCUUGGUGUCAGUGACACUAUUGAGUCCAUCAAUGAAUGAUAACCCUUGUUUCUCUCUUCUAGGCUCUAAGCAGUGGUGGUUUGGCGGCGGCACAGACUUGACUCCAAUUUAUAUCAAUGAAGAAGAUGCGUUUCACUUCCACAACACCCUGAAGGAGGCCUGUGACAAACACAGCUCACAAUACUAUCCUGACUUCAAGAAAUGGUACUGUUUAAUUUGAGAUUGGUUAUCUGUAAUGACACAGAAUUUUUUUGUGUUUCUCCCGCUGAGUAUUCGCGUGUUUUUCAGCACGUACUCAUUUGGAGGUUUGAUUUCUGCGUAUCGGAUUACAAUGGGUGUAUCCUCACUGUAAGAUGGUGAUAAGGGCAAGCCUCUGCCUUAAAUCUGCAGUUACGAAAAGACCGUUGAGUCAUGGCUGGGUGUGGUUUAACUAGAAAGGCUCAUAUUGGAGCGAAAUUUAAAACCAAUUCCUUGGUCUUUGGUAAGAAGAGCUAGUUCAAAUCCUACUACAGUCAUUUUACAAAGCCAAGAUAAGCCAAAUAUGUUCUGGUUUUAGCUUGAGCUCAUUUAAACGUCUUUAUGAAUUGUCUGUCACUGUGCAGGUACUGUCACCUGACUUAUUUUUAAUUAUCUAUGCCAUUUUAAGUCAUCUUUUAGAGGCAGUUACAUAAAGUUGCUGAAGUAAUUUUUAAGUGAACUAAAAUUAAUAGUUUUAUCAUUCAUGAAAAGUAAAAGAAACAAAUGAAAAGGUUCCUCCUCAUAAAAGCAGAGGGGGACAUAGAGUUUGAAUAAUCAAAAAAUAAUGCAGUAAAAAAUCACCAAAAGUAAAGGCAGUAACAUAUUUCACCUGUUGGUGCCAGCACACACCUGGUCACUUGCUUUUUCUUAACGCAAAGGCCUAAUUUCACAACAGCCUUACUUGUGCAUGUUUUAUCUGUGGAAUUCAAAAACUCAAACACCCAGCUUUCUGUUCUGCUUUUUUUGCCCUUUUCCAGCCACAUGCCUGAGUAAUAUAUCUGUUAGUUUCAGUUUGAAAGACUCAGGUCCUGCCCUGGUGAAAAGAAACAGAAAAAACAGCCUUUUGUUCAUGUGUUUGAGGUCAUUUGUACAUUUAACUCUUUUGUUGUUUGUUUUCUGACAUACAUGUGUAGGUUACUCCUUCUUUUUGUUAAUCAGUGAAGUUGACCUGAUGACCUGACACCAAAACUGAUUGAUUCUUUUUCUUCUUUUGAUGUUUAGGUGUGACAGAUAUUUUUACAUACGGCACAGAGGAGAGACCCGAGGUAUAGGAGGGAUCUUCUUUGAUGACCUUGACACUCCAAGUCAGGAGGCUGCGUUCAGCUUUGUAAAAAGCUGUGCCCGCACUGUUGUGCCCUGUUACCUGCCCAUUGUAUACAAACACCUGAAAGACUCCUUCACUGAGGAGGAGAAGGACUGGCAGCAGGUGCGACGAGGAAGGUGAGUGAAAGACGAACAAUACAGAGCUAGAGUUGGUUUAUGACGAUUAGCAAACAUCAGUUAAUACAGUGAUAACAAAACACUGAAAAAAACCUGUGUAAUGUGACUCCUAACUAAUUACACUCAUUCGCAAAGUGGUAGUUGCAUUGCCAGAUUAAAAUAAGGGUAUUCUGGAGAGGUAGAGUCUCUCAGUAGUGAAGCUGGGAUUCCUGUACAAAAGGGACGAGGCUGAAAACUGAUACUGUUACAAUCCGACUCUGAGGCCGCAACAGAAAUGGGAGAUGAGAUAAAGUGUAUGCAAAAAAACAAGUCAUUAUUUAAAAACUGAAGCAAAACAAAUAUCAGUAUCUGUAGUGUAGGUGUGUGUGGGUGCAUGUAAGUGUAUAAGUGUGUAAAACAAAAGUGGCAUCCACAAUGUCUGCACGGGCAGGCAAGAAGAUGGAGUUAACAACAUCCAUUUAAGCCUGAGGAGGAUUUCUAGAUGAGGACUAAAUCAGGUUAUGGUCGAGCUCACCUCUGGUGAUGACACCGCUUCUUGGACCAUAAAUAGAAAGGAGACCCUGCAAAAUAGGAACACCUAGUGGUGCAGAGGUGUCGUCACAAUACUGAAUGGUCAUGAACUUUGGGCCCUCUGGUGGCCCUGCAUGACUCUGUAGGAGAUAUCACUGCAUGGGCUCCAAAAACCAUUGUCCAUGAACUCUGUUUGUAGCUGCCUAGCCACAUAUGCAGGUUAACACUCAACCAUGCACAGAGGAAAUGAAAUGAGAAUAGAAACCAGAAAUGCAUGAAUUGAAGUGGAAACUUUAUAGUUCCUGUGGUGUUAAAGAUUAAAACCUGACAGCCUUUCUGUGAACCAUCUUCUGUCCCCAAAGAGAGAGGCCCCCCAGCUUUGGUCUCAGCGUACGAUUUAAAAUUCAGCAUCCUUGGUGGGAUUAGGAUGUAUAACUGAUCAUUGCAUGGGUAGUUUACACAUAUGGAAAGGCACCAUGAAUGCUGUUCAGUAAUAAUAUAUGCAGGUUUUGGAGACACAUGUGCUGCCACAGAUGCUUAACUACAUUUGAAUGUGUAUUACAACAGUAAAGUUCAGGAGGUAAACUGGCCUGUAUGCAAUACCACUGACAAAAAAAUAUCACAGAGAAGACCCCAAACUGUUGAGCAGUGUAAAUCCAAUAUCUAGACUUUCAAAACAGCAGAAACUGGUGUUGUUUCUAAGAAGAGGAGAUGCUAUAGGAUAGUAAACAUCCCUUGUCCUAGCUGUUAUGAAACAAGUUGCUGGCAUUAAUGCAUUGCAGUAUCAAAUAUCAAAACAGUUCAUUCCUCAUAAAUCACAAAAAUUGAUUGUAGUCUUUGAUCCUUAAAAAAAAACAGGCUUUUUUUUUUCAUAAAAUUGUGUUGUUCAACAGCAUUUUACACAGCAUUCUAUUGUAGAAAUAAAAGUCAAAUAAAACCACUCCAUGGAUCAUAGUAAUUUCAGCUUUAAAAAACAGCCUCACCACACACUAACAGACUCCAAAAAACUAAAUAAACUGUGAUACAACAUAGUUUGAAUGAAGAUUUUUUUCCAAGUUCCAAUAAAAAGAGGCCAUGACACCCAUUAAUGAGAUGCAGAGUAAUUUAUGAAAAAGACUUGAUGCACAGCAGGUAUUUUCUUUCAAAGCUGGUGCAGAUUCUGGCAGAGUCCUCUGCCUCAGCAGAGAGUCCCUUUGAGACUCAAUUACAGAGGAUGAGCUAAAAAGCAAGUUAAUGAGAAAAAGGCUGACAGUGAACUGGAAUUCAGACAGGGACUGGAUGGACUAGCCAGAGAGGAAAGAAGAAGAUCCUCAGAUUCCCGCUUUGCCCGGUGAUGUCUUGUAAUUACUGUAAACUUUGUGUGUUUGUGUUGCAGGUAUGUUGAGUUCAACCUGGUGUACGACAGGGGUGUGAAGUUCGGUUUGGCCACACCUGGCUCCAGAAUUGAGAGCAUCCUCAUGUCCCUUCCACUCACUGCCAGGUGAGUAAACAGCACUCUGUCACAGUGUCAGUUCUCUACUCUAGUGUGAUGGUAAUGAGCUAUCUGUGUUGCCUGGUAACAAAGUCACCUGUCAUUCUCAGAUGGGAAUACAUGCAUGAGCCUGCCAAAGGUACUCGAGAGGCCGAGAUGCUGGAGGUACUACAAAACCCCAAGGAGUGGGUGUGAGCUUGGUGUUUACUGGUUUACGUGCGUUUAUGGACAGCCAGGAAAUUGUCUAUGUGGUAAUUAACCAUGGCAUUACCUGUUUGACCAGAUCAACAGCAGUAAUCACUGUGUUUACCAGAAUAAGAGGAAGUAGCUUUGCUCUCCUUAAGAUAUUUUUGUAAUCAACACAGGUACUUUUCUCUCUUCUUUGUUUACUCUUGUUUUGCUUGGCAGCCUUGUUGACACUUGAUUACACCUGGAUCUUAUUUCUUUUCAUAUUAAGACAUCAUGUCUUUAAAAUUGAUCACUGAGCUUUAGGCUUGUGCUCGCUGCAGAGCUGUCCAAAACAAGACCAAAAAUGUUACUACUUUGACAGCUUCUCAUAGCUGUUUUUAAGUCAUCUUGUGAUCAAGCCUCAGUUGUAAGAAGUGAUUACGUUAAGCACUUGUGUGUGUUUUUGUGUGUGUGCCUGGCCUGGCAGAGCUCUCCUCUCCUCUUACAACGCACUGAAAGGAAAAAGGGACAAACUGAGCCACUCUUUGUAUGUUUUUGUGCCACUACUUGGAUGACCCGUGAAUAAAUCUUGAUUUGAUAUUUUAA